GUAAACGUGUUUGAGGGCAAAAUCAACUGCUUUAGCCAGCGCCCCCUAGAGAUUAAUGUCAUAGCAGUGUGACAAUGAGGAAAAUGAAUAUACUAUUUAACAACCCUGAAAAAAUAUUCAGUUUUUUAAUUCAUGCCAGCAUGACAGACAGUUACAUUUCAUAAACAAAGUUAAAAUCACUACCAUGUGACUAAUGAGGUGAUCAUCUGCCUGCUUGAAUGUGUUGUAAAUUAAAGAUUAUAUAUAUAUAUACAAUAAUGAAGAUCAGUCUGAUCAUUUAAAGUAUUUUAUUUCGUUAGAAUACAGGUUUAGAGUGUGUGUUUCUGCUUUUAUGCACAUUCCUGUACUUUGUGAUAACGUCCCCAAUUCCUAGUUCAUAUUUAACAUGUGAGCAAGAAUCAUUAUGGAAAUUAGUAACUGUAAACAAUGUGCUUAUUUUCCAUUUCCAACUUCCUGACAAAGGAAUAUCUACCGAACAGACCUGGCAACCCUUUGGAACGCGUCUGUGGGUGGAGCCUCUGAGAAAACGUAACCAAUCACAGAAAGAUGUCCGGCAACAAAUUGUAUGAGGAAACGUCACUGCCACGUAGAGCAGCGAGUUCACAUGUUGUUCAUUAUUGUACAGAUGAUAGUGACAAAAAGUUCGUGAAUGUGUCCAGGGAGCAUGAUGCUGCUGCUGCGCUGCCUCUGCGCCUUCAUGCUGCUGCUCUCUGUUAGCGGCGGGAAACUUCCAGAGGCCGAGGUUCAGAUAGAGGUUAUGCACAGACCUUUCCUCUGUCACCGAAAAACUAAGUACGGAGACAUGUUGCUUGUUCACCACGAAGUAUACUUUGAGAAUGGAACCAUGCUUCACGCAAGUCGAAAUGACGGAGACAAACAGCCAAUGUGGGUGACACUGGGCAUCAGACAGGUCAUAGUGGGCUGGGACAAGGGUCUGCAAAACAUGUGUGCUGGAGAGAAGCGGAAGCUCAUCGUACCUCCCGAACUGGCUUAUGGGAAAGAUGGAAAAGGUAAGAUUCCACCUGAAAGCACACUGACUUACAUCAUUGAAGUCCUUGAGAUCAGAAAUGGACCAAGAUCACAUGAGUCCUUCCAGGAAAUGGACCUGAACGAUGACUGGAGACUCUCCAAAAACGAGGUGAAAGAAUAUCUGAGGAAGGAGUUUGAGCGUCACGGUUACCCUCCCAACGACACCCUCCAUGAGAACAUGAUGGAGGAUAUCUUUGAAAAAGAGGACAAGAACAAGGACGGCUUCAUAUCGGCCAGAGAGUUCACCUACAAACAUGACGAACUUUAAAGUCCCACUCAGAUUCACAGCUCUGUCAGUCAGUGUCCACUGUGGAUCAGAAGUGUCCAUAGUACCCUGUGUCUCUUUACUACAGUAUCUUCCAUUCUGUGUUUGGGGGUCAAGUGGUGAUUUUGCAAUAGCAAUUUUCUAUUUUUGAUUUUUUCUUUUAAGCAUUUUCCUUUGUUUUUAGAUUCCAAUGAUCCUAAUUAAAAAAACAACUGGUGAAA